UGGGCCAGCAGAUAAAACAGGGACAGAAGCAAGCUUAUAGGAGAAGGAUCCGGGUGCAAGAACCAAAAGGGAGACAGCUACCGAGGGCAAUGGGGACCUCAUUCGUUGGGUACUUUACAUUUGUCCUGCUUCUUCUGGCAUUGACCAAAGUUCGAGGAGGUCCAGCAUACAACUUCCCCCUGUCUUCAGACUUGUCCGAUUUAAAGGGGCUCCUAGAACGUUUAGAAGACAGACUCCCGGUCGAAGAAGCCGAGGCUCCAGCUCAAGACAUAUUCGCUCCAAAUUAUGAUUCCGCUGACUCUUCAAACUCAGCACCGUCCUUGACUGUAGAAGCUGCCCGUCCCGGGGCCGACAUGGUGUAUAACAGAGGGUCCUGGGCACAGCAAGAGAAAUCUUCUCCGCUGAGGAACAAACUUCGAGAGUUGCUGAACGCUCCCCGCAGCAUGAGAAGAUCUUCCGACUGCUUUGGAUCUCGAAUUGACAGAAUCGGCGCUCAAAGCGGCAUGGGUUGUGGCCGCAGGUUCUAGGAGGAUACGCUAUGGAUUUUAGAAGAACCCAAUCUUCGCCAUUGAGGAGAACUUGUGCCGUUAUUUAAGGAUGUCGUCUUACUACAGACACUCUGCACCGACCACAGCCCUCCUCAUUAUUUAAAUCCUAUUUAUUUUUCUACAUUGUAACAACUCCCAUCACCAUAGUCACCAAGUGGUUUUCCAGGUUUAUAGAUCAGAUUACUGCUGCGGAUUUUGCCCGGGGCACCGUAUUCUUUUGUUUUGUCUUGUAUGGGAAUAAAGUAAGAGUUUUUUUCCUAGUC